UUAAUACAACCUUUGAAGAGAGAGAGAGAGAGAGAGAGAGUAAAGCAGUUGAAGAGGGGUUUCAGUUGGUAAUGGUGUUGAGGAGAUUGAGAGUGACGACAAGUGAGGGCGUUACCGUAAUUUUAACGGUGGUGGUGGUUUUCUCAUUCAUGUUCAUCUUCUCCGGCGGUGAUGGUCGGACUGGAGGAGGGAUCAUUUUCGUCGAGGGAAGCACUGGCAGCGGAAGGAACGGGGCUCUCUUCGGCGGUGCUGGUGGUGGCGGAGGCUUCUGGGCUACGGGCUCGCCUUCCAAUGUUGGAAUAGCUGUCGCCGUGACGGCCAUGGCCGGUCUCGCCUUGGCCGCCACUCUCAAACAACCCUUAAUGAGGGCGCUCCGGCGGAGUCACACUUCGUCGUCACCGUCAUCGUCCUCGUCAAAUUCUUCCUCACCGUCGUCGUCAUCUUCGUCGUGGAUACUUUUGCGAUCGGUUCUCUUAGUCGUUGCUUCCUCAUCCUCACCAGUUUCCUCUGAUCGGGGUAGCCUUAAAUCGCCUUGGUCUCGAAGGAGAAGGAAACAUGCCCUUCUGCCCAAACAAUGGAAAAGUUUUUUUGAUUCUGAUGGAAGACUCUCUGAUGGUGGCGUCAAGUUUUUGAAGAAAGUUCGAAGUGGGGGUGUUGAUCCAAGUAUUAGGGCAGAGGUUUGGCCGUUCCUUCUUGGACUCUAUGACAUUAACAGUACAAAGGAAGAGAGAGAUUCUAUUAGAACUCAGAAGAGGAAAGAAUAUGAGAACCUGAGGAGACGGUGCAGGCAAAUUCUAAAAAGGAGUGAGAAGAGUUUCAAGUUGAAGGAAACUUCUGUAAACAACUGCAAGGAGGGCAGCGGUGAUUUUAGUCAAGUUCUAGAUUCUCCUGGCUUAGAAGAUGUUAGUGCCAGGGGUUCCCUUUCUGCUGAGGGAGGUGACGAUUCUGAUCACCCUUUAUGCAAUCCAGCUUCUCAGAGCACUGAAACAUUAUUGGAAGGAGAUAGGGAUGAGAGUGGAAUCACUUGUGAAAAUACCUCUGAUGGUGACUGUGUGUCAUCUGACUCUGACUCCUCUGACGAAGCUGAUAAUAUAAAACCUUUACUUGACCCAGAAGUAACUGAAGAAAAUUACGUUGAUGAGCAUGUUGACGAGAAAUCCACUCCUUCCAAAUCAGAAAGCAGCUGCAAAUCCUGCACGGCCGAAGAUUUUGUGACGUGGCAGCGGAUCAUCCGCCUUGAUGCUGUGAGGGCAAAUGGUGAAUGGAUUGUUUACUCACCAUCUCAAGCUGCAGUAUCCGAGAUGAAGGCACAUCGCUUGGCUGAGAGUGUUGGGUUGAAGGAUUAUGAUCACCUAGAACCAUGCAGAAUCUUUCAUGCAGCUCGCCUGGUUGCCAUCCUUGAAGCCUAUGCAUUAUAUGAUUCUGAGAUUGGUUACUGCCAAGGGAUGAGUGAUCUACUGUCUCCAAUUAUCUCUGUGAUUGAGGAGGACCAUGAGGCCUUCUGGUGCUUCAUGGGUUUCAUGAGGAAAGCCCGGCAUAACUUUCGGCUUGACGAGGUUGGAAUCCGGCGGCAACUGAACACGGUGUCUAAAAUCAUUAAGGGGAAGGAUUCUCAUCUGUACAAGCACCUGGAGAAGCUCCAAGCAGAGGAUUGCUUUUUUGUGUACAGGAUGGUGGUAGUUCUGUUCAGGAGAGAGUUAAACUUUGAGCAGACUCUUUGCCUAUGGGAAGUGAUGUGGGCAGAUCAGGCAGCAAUUAGGGCGGGCGUUGCCAAGUCUGCUUGGGGGAGAAUAAGACUUAGAGCCCCUCCUACCGAAGACCUACUGCUUUAUGCAAUAGCUGCGUGCGUGCUGCAAAGGAGGAAGCUGAUCAUAGAGAAGUACAGCAGCAUGGAUGAGAUAAUGAGGGAGUGUAAUAGCAUGUCCGGACAGCUGGAUGUUUGGAAGCUUCUAGAUGAUGCCCAUGACUUGGUGGUGACUCUCCAUGACAAGAUCGAAUGAAAGGCUUCUAUCUAUCUUUCACUGAAGGGAUCUUCAAUUCAGUUUACACUGCUUGGAACAAGCAUUGAUAUUGAUAGGCAAAUUACUGUCUGUAUUAGGCAAGUAAAAUUAUGGAUUCAUGAUGUUGUUGCCCGCACUCACUGGUUUAUUUGAGUGAUAGUGGCAACCUGCCCUUCAAGAACCAGUGAUGAUCUAAUUUUGCAUUGCUUUCCCUGCUGACUUGGUGUCCCUUGCUGUUGCUUGUCCAACUAAUGCCACUGGUUUGUUUUCUUUCCAAAGAAUGGCAGCAGGUGGAAAACAUAUUCCCUUUCAAAGGUUAAUUUCAGGUUACAUAAGAUA